UUCAUUCAAAUAAUCAUCCAUUUCAAACUCCAACAGGAAAAUAGAACUUCAAUGCACUCACUCUUAAUAGCUACAAAUCUCUAAAGUGUGCUUUCGUCCAAUUGAGAAAAAAUGGCAUAUCAAAAAUAAUAAUGGGGGUGAAAUCACUUUGCUAUUUUACUUUAUUAUUCAAUCAAUGGUCUAUCUAGCCAAUCAUGUUGGGUUAAGUGCAAAAGUUGGUGUAGCACCCUGCUUUCAUUGACGAUCACAAAAACUCAUCACUCGCAGCUUGGGUGAAAAAUAAUUGAAACAAAUAAUUUACAGAUUAAUCAAUGAUUUAAAUAAUCAUUAGUGAGCAGCUCUAAAACUGAAAAAUGUGCAGCUGCUUCAUAUGAUCGCAAUCGGCGGGUGUCACCCCCAAUUGGAACAGCACUGAUAAUUAUUAAAUAUGUAUUUAAUGUUCAACCAAACCAUAUACAGUGGGCACAUAUUGCAACACUGAAGGUGCGCGACACUAAAUUCAGACUUACCAGUGAACUGUAAAAAAGCCCUAAAAAAAUCACUUUGGAAUCUGUGAGAAAUUGAUGCAAAACACUUAAGUUUGGCAUGUUGAAUUGUUGUGACUUAAGCAACAGGAAAUUCGAGGCGUUUUGAAGUGCAUCCAAUUGCACAACUUUAUGCCUUUCUUUUCUAAUUAAAUCCAUUUAAGUUGAUGAAUAGCCCACUGCCUUGAAAGAUUAACAACUGUGUCUUUAUCUAAGCUCUUCUGAAGAUGAAUGUGAUGUCCAGGAUGUCAUGUUGUUGUUUAUUUUGCUAAGUUGAAGACUUGUGAAUGUAAACACAAGUGAUUCUUGCAUUCCAGCUGUAAAGACUAACCAUGUUAAAACAUUCAUAAAGGAAGUGUGAAGGCACUGCGAAACGGACAAACAGAAGGGUGUAUCCGGCUUUUUCAUUAUUUAAAGUGGAAUUUCCCUUUCAAAUAGAACGGCAGGAAAAACGAAAUGUCCCUUGAUCAAACUUGACACAUCCAAGCUUCUCAUCUGAUGACUCAAGUGCUGAUGUCCUUGAUUUGAUCAACUUUCCAUUGUUUGCAAUUUCCUUUGCCGGUAAUCCCAAAUUUGACGCAUCGCCUGUCUUGACGGCUGGGUGAAGUCAUUCGUCUGGCUUGGCAUCACCUGAGUUCUGUGAGGGGUGUGGCGGGACAUGUGACUCACUGGUAUACAUCAUAAUUUUCCCCUAUCGCGGCGUGAGUCUGGAACGUAUCCCCGUUGAUAAACAGGGGUUCACUGUACCUACUUUUCCACCCCCUCGUAUAAGGAUCACAGCCUGGAAGAUGAAGACAUGGCGGUAACACGGUCGGACCGUUAUCGCACGCUGACCGCCUGAACGGAUUUGCCUUUAUUUGAACACACCAUUUUUCCGGACUGAAGAGAGACAAUGACCACAGCAGAAACAAAGACUGCGUGCAUGUCCUGGGCGAGGGUCUGCAAGGAGUGCGGACAGCAGCACGAGGGCCAGGAAAGCCACCUGUACGAGUAUCCCGAUGAUGUGGACGACGAGCUUGUGUGCCACAUUUGCCUGCAGCCCCUCAUCAGGCCCAUGGACACCCCCUGCGGACACACCUACUGCUUUGACUGUCUGAGCAGCUUCUUGAAAGAUAAGGACUUUUGCCCCGUGGACCGUCAGAGGCUGCAGCUGCACCAGUGUCGGCCCUCCACCCUGUUGGUCAGAAACCUGCUCGACAAGCUGGCUGUGAUGUGUCCUUACUAUGCAGAGUGCCAGCAGCAGAUGCAGCGCUGUGAACUUCAGCCUCAUCUGCACAACAGAUGUUCCGCUUUCAGGAGACUCCGGGAGGAAGCGGAGAAAAGGAAGAGGCCCCCGUGGAACGAACUGAAGGGGCGCAAAGGCGACGGCGAGCUGUCUGCUGACGCUAAACAUUUGGGAACUCCACCGCGCAGCGCCAACAGAGACCUGCCUGAUCCCGGACUAAUUAACCCCGCCUAUGAAGAAAGCGAGGACGACAACACACCGCUGCGCUCCAGCCUGGUGUCGGAGUCCAAUGUGGUGGAGCUCUUCAGAGAGGAGGCGGAUGAAGAACUCGGCCUGCGCAUCGUCGGCGGCAAAGACACGCCGUUGGGCAACAUCGUCAUCCAGGAAAUUGUACGCGACUCGCAAGCUGCUCGCGAUGGCCGAUUGGCGCCCGGAGAUCACAUCUUGGAGGUGAAUGACAUCAGCCUCGCGUCCGUCCCUCACGCUCGAGCCGUCGCCGUGCUGCGCCAGCCUUCCCUCGUCAGGCUCACCGUCAUGCAAGAGAAAGGUUUCAAACCCAGGGAGGCGCGCUCCGAUCAGCACCCCGUCUUGCCCGGCGCCGCCCACGGCAACGCGGCCUCCCCUCAGAACCCCGGCACUGUACUGCAGGUGACGUUGACCAAGAGUCAACGCUCGGAACCGCUCGGCAUAAAGCUGAUUCGCAAAUCGGACGAGAGUGGCGUCUUCAUCCUGGAUCUACUGUCGGGAGGGUUGGCGGCCAAAGACGGCAAACUGAAGAACAGUGACAAAGUUUUGGCCAUCAAUGGACAGGACCUGAGGCACGGUACACCAGAGAGUGCCGCCCAGAUCAUCCAGGCCAGUGAGGUGCGCGUCAACUUUGUCGUCUUCAGGCUGGCAGAGAUUCAGGACGAAGGCCGAGUGGCCAGGAGGGUGCCUGAGCCGCAGUACUUCAGGCGGCGCUCUACAUACAUGAAGGACCCUCCUGGUGGGUUUUCCAGCCAGGAGAAGACCGUGAGCCUGAAGAAGGAGCCUCGCCUUUCCCUGGGAAUCACCAUUGCUGGCGGACGAGACUGCCGCAGCCGCCUGCCGGUCUACAUUACCAGCGUGCAGCCCGUCGGAUGCCUGCAUCGAGACGGCACCAUCAAACGAGGUGACGUUCUGCUGAGCAUCAACGGCGUGGACUUGACGCAACUGACGUACAGCGAAGCCGUUUCCACGCUGAAGGCGCAGGCCGCUCAGUCCCAAGUGGCGCUCCGUGUCAUCCAGACCAUUUCGGAAGAGUCACAGGAGGACGCCGAGGCUGGCGGCGGGAACAGGUCUGAUGGCGCGGAGGACGCACGGGAAGAAGCCUUCAACUGGACACCGCUGUGGACACGAUGGUUGGGCUUACCGAGCCACAUGCACUGGUGCCGCGACAUCGUCCUGCAGAAGAGCAACAAUGAGAGCUGGGGCUUCAGCAUCGUUGGAGGCUACGAGGAGAGUCGCGGCCAGCAGCCCUUCUUCAUCAAGACCAUCGUGCCCGGCACACCUGCUCACUUUGAUGGACGCCUCAAGUGCGGCGACGAGAUUGUGGCAGUGAACGGCGCCACAACGGUGGGCAUGAACAACUCGUCGCUCAUCCCCAUGCUCAAGCUACAGAAAAAUAAAGUGACACUGACGGUGGUGUGCUGGCCCGGGAGUCUGGUCUAAGCCAGCGGACUCAAUAUUAGGACGCGUCCUGUGCACAAAGCCGCAGGUAACUUAAUCGCCCUAACCCAACAUGUGCCAGUGUGCUUCCUUAAAGGGCCGGCGCUCGCAUAUAUACAGGGUGUCCCAAAAAGAAAUAUGUCCUCACUCUUUGACUGGCCAUUACUUAAUUACAUGAGUAACAAGCCGUCCAUGAGUGUGUGUGUAUCAUUUCUUUUUGGGGGGGGGGUCAGACCCUGUUUGUACACUUUUAAGUUUGACCAGGGUGAAAAUGUGAUGGCAAUCAGCAACGAUGUCCACCAACUUGGAGGAUGUUCAAUUAUUUGGAGCACAUUUUAUUGUGUGUGUGUGUUUUUCAUUUUUGUUUUUUGUUUAGUUUUUUUUUUUAAUUGGAAGAAAGACGCAAAUACACACUAGACUGUUGCGAUGAAGGAUUUAUGUUGGCUGCUUGUGACCAAAUCCAAACGACUCCUGACUGUAGUGACCAAAGUAUCCUUUGUCCACUUUUACUGCACUUUUUUUUCAAAGCCAUCACAGUGAAUGCUUCUUUUAGAUGGGAUGGGGGAUGCUCGAGCCACUUUGGGGGUCUUGACUUUAAAGGUUCCUGACAAUGCAGUUUUCCAUUUCCCAUGUACAUGUUUGUGUCUUUAUGCCAUCUAAAUUGUGAUGAUGUCGCCUCAACGCUGUUUUGUCCAUUCCCUUGGAUUUAUUUACAUUUAUGGCUACGUCUCAAUAAAGUGGAAAACACAAUUUAUUUAGUUUUUUAAAAAGGUGAAACAGCCAUUACUGUAGAUUCACUUGAUGUAAAUAGUUUUUUCCCCUGAUUUUAUUGUUUUUCAUUUUGAAGAUUAUUGUUUUGAAAACCCCAAAUUCUGCAUCAUUUUUAAUGUAGAAGUUAAGAAAUGGCCUUUGGAAAAUUCUGUUCCUCUGUGUUUAAUGAAUCUGCAUAAUAAGUGUGGCUCACCAAAUUCAGCUAUUAAAAUAAAGGGACGUUUCUACCAUAUACAUUGUUGAGAUGCACCUGCAUAUGGUAACUCAUUGAGAGGUGGCUCACUUUAAUGUAAAUUUGCCCUCCAAAAAAUGCCCCCCUUACUGCCCAUCCCCCUUCCUUGGUCAUGUCUUAUUUCGAUGCAGAAUUUUCAGUUCAGAGUGGCUCUGUUUCAGUUGCGCACUGGGCCACUCACUCUUCACUGUCAUCUCUUUGGAUACAAUAAAAGCACGACAGUAA